CAAGUGAAGAAGAGCUAGCCUCUUCUUCUUCCUCCUCCUUUCUUAAGCUUUCUCUUGGUCGCCAUAAUGGGGGAGAGCCGCGGCAGCAUCUCCUUCUUCGGGACCUACAGGCCACCGGUGCCCCUGGGCAUAUUCUCCUGCCCCGUUGAUCCGCCCCCAUCCUCUUACAAGGACGAGCUCCUCCUCACCGACGACCUCUCGUACAACCAGAACGGCCAGCCCGUCCCGGCCGCCGCGCUCAAGGAGAUCCUGGCCUUCAUGGGAAAGAAGAACCCCAAGGUGGCCUCCGACUGCGGCGUCACCCUGGAGGACGUGGCCAAGGGCACUGUCACCGGCCUGGUCUUCGUCUCCGAGAGGGACCGCGGCCUCGAGACGCUGCACCUGGCCCUGCGCCGCCCCGCCACCGGUCAGGUGGUGAAGGUGCUGAGCCUGCUGGGCGACAUCUACGGCGUGGACGGCGGCGUGCGCAUGGAGGACAGCGGCUGCAUCGCCGGUGGCUUCACGGUGAACGGCGGACGCCGCACCGUCGGCUACUCGCUCGUGUACGUCUCCACCAAGGAGCCGGCGAGAACACGGCGCACCCCGUGGACCGUGGUGUACAGGACCGACCUUGCCGACGGCAAGACCGAGCGACUCACGCCACUGGGCCAGUACGACCUGAGCCCGGCCGUGUCGCCGUCCGGGAAGAUGGUGGCGGUGGCUAACUUCCACGGCAACAGGUGGAACGGCGAGAUCGAAAAUCUGAAGACCCAGAUCGUGAUCAUGAACGUGGACAAGAGGGCGCAGGGAAGCUUGGACCGUAAGGUUGUGAUCAAGGAUGGCGGCUGGCCAACGUGGGGCAGCGACAACAUCAUCUUCUUCCACCGUGGGGUCGACUCGAAGCCGCCCUCCAACACCGCAGCAUGGGCCGUGUACCGGUACGACAUCGCCGCCGGCAAGGAAGAUUGGGUAACGCCGGCGGGAAUGGACGCCAUGACCCCGGCGGCCAUCAGCGAGACCAGAGUGGCAGUGGCGUUCAUCGGGGAGAAAUCCAAGCAAGUCCAAAUGCAGGUGGAGCGCGAGGAGUCGCAGUACCGGCACAUCCAGAUCUUCGACACAGCCAUGCCGGAGAAGCCGCCCGUGAAGAUCACCCAGAUGAUGAGGAAGGAAGGGGACCACUACAACCCCUUCGUGCUCGAUGGCGGCAGCCGCAUCGGUUACCACCGCUGCAGAACCGAUAAGCUACUACCCAUCACGAUCAAGGAUAAUAAUGGUGGUGAGAAGAAGAGCACAAGCAUCGAGAGGAAGUUCGACAAGGUGCAGUCGCACCAGCCGGACGUGGGGCUGUUCAGGGUGACGGGCGUGUUCCCGUCCAUCUCUAAGGACGGGAAGAAACUGGCCUUCGUGGACAACGAGUUCAAGGCAGUGUGGCUGGCCGACAGCCAAGGAGGCCUGCGCAUCGUGUACAAGGUGAGGAAAGAGAAGAGUGUCUUCUCGACGUCGUGGAACCAGAACGACAAGCUGGACACGCUCUACGUCUGCGAAGGCCCGGCCUUCACCAUCAAGGAGCCGGUGCAGAUCAUGAGGAUCCCCGACGUGUCCGCCCCCGGGAGGCGGAGGGCUCUGGCCCUCACCGACAAGCCGUUCAACUGCGCCUUCCCGUCCACCAACGCCGACGGGGACAAGCUCGUGUUCCGCUCCAGCAGGGACAGGGUAGGAGGGGAGAGGAAGCACAAGAACCUCUUCAUCAUCGACGCCAUCAAAGGGGAGGCUCUCGGCGUGGACCAGCUCACGGACGGGCCGUGGACGGACACCCACUGCAGCUGGUCGCCCAGGGAAGGCUGCGACUGGAUCGUCUUCUCCUCCUCCGGCAGGCCGGAGAAGGACGUCUUCAAGCCGGCAGACGAGCCGGAGCUGGACCACGGCCUCGACCCGGGCUACUUCGCCGUCUACCUCGUGAGCGCCAAGGACAUGGUCAAGGGCAUGGUGCCGGCGCCGGUGCGGGUGAUCUACAGCGCGCCCACCAUCGCGGGUCACAUCAACCACCCCGUGUUCAGCCCCGACAUGAUGAGCAUCGUCUUCGCCGCCGACCUCGCCGCCGUCUCCGCCGACCCCAUCUCCAUGCCACACUUCACGCACUCGGUCAGGCCCUACGGCGACAUCUUCUCCGUCAACCUCAUAGACACGGAGGAUGACAUGGCCAAGAACAAGGACAUCCAAAAGUUCCACCGCGUCACGCACAGCCGCUACGAGUACUCCACGCCUACAUGGUCCGGCCGUGCCGACGACGAGCUCGACCCCAACACCAAAUGGAAGAUGCUGGAAAGCUGGCACGACGACUUCCAGCCCCGGUGCCCGUACGUCGGCGGCCAAGCUGGCCAGAAGGAGAGCUGGCACAUGACCGGACACCUCUCCAUCGAUAAGAGGUGCUGCUAACUCAACAUCACGUACGGCAGCAGGAGUGCAGGACCAGGGUCUCCAUCCGGCCCUUUCGUUUUCAUCAGCCUUCAAACCAAACCAUGCAUGCUAUCCUAGCUCUACCUGCACUUAUUUUAUGUUGGUCUUGUCCCUCCUCUUAUGGUUGUCUCGUAUGCAUGCAUCCAACUACCUGGAGGAGAAGGUUUCUUUCCGGUUUCAUGUCCUUGUUGUUUUUUGCGCAUGUAAUAAAUAAAGUAAGUCCUUGUUGUUUUUUUAUC